AUGGACAAAGGGUUGAUUGUUGCUGCUGCAUGCUUUUGGUCGCAAUCUUGUAACUCUCUACUCCUCAAUUUUGGUAUGAUUUCCCCUACCAUCUUAGAUGUAGCUCACUUGACUGGUCUCCCAAUCUUGGGCAAUCCAAUUCAUGCUCUCCUUGAGCCUCCAAAAGUGAGCUUUACUUUAAACACAGACAUGUGCUAUACAAAUUUUGCCCAAAAAUACAAAGGCAAGCUUGGUUCCCCUGUCUACGACAAAGAAAGAACUGCUUUUUACUUACUUUGGCUUUGUGAGUUUCUUUUUUGUGUACCUGGGUACAAGAUCACGAAAGAGUACCUCCCCCUUGCCUUGUGUAUCCAAGAUGGCCAACUUAUGGUUUUAGCCCCUUAUCUUCUUGCCACUCUUUACAAGGCCCUAUUUUCCUUUGUCCACAAGAAGAUUUCUGGCAACUGUGGUGGCCCCUUCUGGCUCUUCCAGGCCUGGUUGUAUGCCUAUUUCCCUGAGGCACGACCCCUACCAGCUAACACCGUGAAACCUGUUUUCUACUCCUAUGCUGAGCAACUGCUCACUUAUAACAGCCAACCCAUCCUCACUUUCAGAAAUCAGCUUACCAUGUUUUACAACCUUCCUUCGAAGAGACCUUCCAACCUGUACAUGCCAUUUCAAAACUUUGAAUUCUCCUCCAGUAGACUUCGCUUCCUCUUUGUAGACCCUUCUGAUUUACACAAUGAGCAAGUCCAAGAACAAAAUGAGAGUUGGAGACACAUUCUCACCUGUAGACAUGUCUUGGUUGGCUGUUCCAUAUCCUCCGCCAAGCUAUCCAGCUGCAGUUUUGAGACAUACUGUCCCAAUCAAUGGUCCAGGCAAUUUGGUCUUUCCCAGGCUAUCCCUUAUCCUUAUUUCCACCCAACCAUCCAUGAGGAGAUUGGAUCCAGAAUCCACUUGAAAGAUCCUACACAAGCUGAAUCCAUUCUGACAGAGAACACCAAACUUUUCCAAGAUUUUGGCCCCUUCUUCUUCAAACCUGCUUCGGACUACUCGGCUGCUUUUGACCAUUGGUGGGGACUUAUGACUGCCAUUAUUUUCUGCAAGCCACUUGAAAGCUGCCUUAACGAUACUUGUAUUCAUAUUCAGGGCCGCAUAUCCUCGCCUUCCAAGCUUAAGGCUACAGCCAAAAUUGUGCCUGUUGCUGAACCAUUGGUUAGGGACCAACGUAAAGGCAAGGAUCCAAUGGAUGCAACUACUCAGACAAACACCCCCUCAGUUCCGAAAUUAAUGGCAGACUCUUUCGCAGCCGCGCAGACACAAGCACAGAGAGGAACUACCACCCGUACCCCUGCCGAGACAGAGGUCACGACGAAGAAGAGAGAAGAGCCUUCCACUGCUCCUGCUCUAAGCACAGACCUAAGUGAGUGGGAUAUCCCUCUCAGCCAAAUGGUUGGCCAAACAACAUCAAAUCAUUCAGGGCAGCUCUACCAAGUAAGCCUUCACUUUACAUAUUUACAGCAUCUCAAUUUCCAUUCACGCCCGACUGAUCACUUACUUUUGUGCAGAGAAAAAGAAGGAGAUUACUCCUUGCUGCUGCUGAUGAUAACGAUGCUUCCACUUCUCCUCAACACAUUCAUCAAAUUCCCAGUCCAAUCAUCUUCGCCACAGCAAUCCACACAGUCUGCAUCACAACAUCCUUCCACUUCUCCUCAACACAUUCAUCAAAUUCCCAGUCCAAUCAGUAAUGUACCCACAGAACCCACUGUACAACCAACUCCACCACCACCUGAAGCAUCGCAACAAACUCCCUUACAACCUGCUUCACAGUCUUCGCCACAGCAAUCCACACAGUCUGCAUCACAACAUCCUUCCACUUCUCCUCAACACAUUCAUCAAAUUCCCAGUCCAAUCAGUAAUGUACCCACAGAACCCACUGUACAACCAACUCCACCACCACCUGAAGCAUCGCAACAAACUCCCUUACAACCUGCUUCACAGUCUUCGCCACAGCAAUCCACACAGUCUGCAUCACAACAUCCUUCCACUUCUCCUCAACACAUUCAUCAAAUUCCCAGUCCAAUCAGUAAUGUACCCACAGAACCCACUGUACAACCAACUCCACCACCACCUGAAGCAUCGCAACAAACUCCCUUACAACCUGCUUCACAGUCUUCGCCACAGCAAUCCACACAGUCUGCAUCACAACAUCCUUCCACUUCUCCUCAACACAUUCAUCAAAUUCCCAGUCCAAUCAGUAAUGUACCCACAGAACCCACUGUACAACCAACUCCACCACCACCUGAAGCAUCGCAACAAACUCCCUUACAACCUGCUUCACAGUCUUCGCCACAGCAAUCCACACAGUCUGCAUCACAACAUCCUUCCACUUCUCCUCAACACAUUCAUCAAAUUCCCAGUCCAAUCAGUAAUGUACCCACAGAACCCACUGUACAACCAACUCCACCACCACCUGAAGCAUCGCAACAAACUCCCUUACAACCUGCUUCACAGUCUUCGCCACAGCAAUCCACACAGUCUGCAUCACAACAUCCUUCCACUUCUCCUCAACACAUUCAUCAAAUUCCCAGUCCAAUCAGUAAUGUACCCACAGAACCCACUGUACAACCAACUCCACCACCACCUAAAGCAUCGCAACAAACUUCCUUACAACCUGCUUCACAGUCUUCGCCACAGCAAUCCACACAGUCUGCAUCACAACAUCCUUCCACUUCUCCUCAACACAUUGUCCCUUCUGUCUCUAGCCCUCAACCAUCACCAUCAAACCCCUCCAAUUCCCAAACGUCAAACAAAGAAUCACAGAGGAUUGAAUUUGACAUUUCAAUCAACAGCCAAUCCUCUCCAACAGAUGACAACACAAAAUCCCCUCAACCAGAAGUUCACCACAACCAAGGGAUGGACAUAAUACAGGACUCAUCUCCACGACCAAUGGGCGAGACAGAACUUGAAGGUCCUCAUGACUUUCCCCUGCUAGCAGAACCAGAGAAACACCCUCAAGGCGCUGAUGCUGCCAUCUCAUCAGUACCAGAAACAACUCGUCCUCAUGCGACAACCACAGCUGAACAAGGCCAACCGUCUGCGUGCACGUUAUCAGGACAGGCCGUCGGUCCAUGCCAGGAUAUUUGGGCCGAAGUUUCUAUUCUUCAACAAGAUCUAGACGAAAUAUCCCCAUUGCCUCAAAGGCUACAUCUGUUUGAUGCUGAAACUCAACAAACCUUAACCACCUUCAUCAACCUCAUUAACACCCCAGUUGAAGAAAUCAUUCUCCACAAACCUGAUGAAACCUUGGCCUGUCUUUCUGCUGUUGUAAACCUCUCCCCUAAUCCUUUCAACCCCAUUCAACUAAAGCAAUUGGCCAAGAUCAUCACAGAAUGGCCAACCCUUUCAGAGAUGGUUCAGACUUGCUCGAAGGAUAUUCAAACCAAUAAGGAUUUCCUAAACGAAGCCCACACCAUAUCUACUUCACUCAAACUCAGCCAGCAGACCUCUGCAGCCAUUCUUCAGCAACACUCAGCACUUGAACUUGAGGAAGCCAAACUCAUGGCAGAACUUGCCUCUGUCCGGCAAAGAAAGGCUCAUCUGCAGCAGCAACACGACCAGCUUAAUCAAGAAGCAAGGAUGAUGCUCUCCCAAAUUAGACAUCGUUCUGCAUCCAUUCAGACAACUAAAGCUGAGUUGGACCAAGCCCAAGCCAUGCUGGCAGAUGCUCAAUCAGAGUGGGGUGUUCUAGGCGUUCUGUUCCCCAAAUCCUAGGCUAGUUUAUAUAUGUAUUCUUUUGUAUUGCACACCUAGGAAUGAUUUGGAAAGGUAGGAAUGAUUGCCUUUUUAAUGAUAAGAUUGUUGAUGGGCCUGAAUUGGCUGAGAUGGUGAAAGUGAGGGUUGCACUUUGCUGUAAGCAAAGUUAUAGAGGCCUACAGUAUUCAGUGGACGACAUAUAUUGUAUUCUGGAUAGUAUCAAAGUCUCAUUUAGGGGGUGGUGUUUGGUGUUUUUUGAAACUGGGGUGCAGGAGUUUGGUCAAGCUGUGGUAUGCAGGAUUUUGGUCAGUCUGUGGUAUUACCAUAUCUUCUUGGUGGCUACUUUUGCUCUGCUGUGCUUCAAUGUUGCUAUGCUUUGCCUUAUUUUUGGCUUGUUGCUCUGGCUUAGUUUAUGGGGUCAAGCAUGCUCAUUUCUGGUUGCUGCUCUGCUGUGCUUCAAAUCUGCUCUGCUAUAUAUGUACUCUGC